UUUGACAGCAGUCAAUGUCGUAUCUGCUCUCGUAGUGUUGGCCAAAUCAGUCGUAAUAUUUACAUACAGUACCCAGUGAAUUGAAGUCAAUUAACUUAUAAUUCCUCUGUGAACUUAAAAUUUGCUCACUAUGGAGACUUUCAAAUCACGUAAAAGGAUGCUUGUGAUAUGUACCAGUUGACAUAAACCAUAAGGAAGAAGAUGCACGCGAUGGGAUUGGAAGGGUGUGGUGUGGGUGAGGUGGAGGCGUUUGUCCAGCUGGGUACGCUGAUAGUUGAAGGACGGCUGGCUAGUCCGGGCACUCAGAAAGGUUACAGCGAGGGAUGUCAUUGUCCAUCUUCAACUAACACUCAAGCAAAUCGCAACAAACACGUCUGUCUCGAUGAUUCUUUCCUGUGCGAGCGAGUUGAGAAGCUGCGUAAGCAUAUGUCUCUGCUGUGUGCCAAUUCAUUGCCGAUGUGUGUCGAAGUGUUGCUGUGUGCGGAUUGUCAGUGUGGUCGUGAAAAGGCUCAGAGCUCAGACAUUGCUGUUGUUCCAUCUCCUAAUGAUCUUCUGCUCGAGCGAUGGACAGUUUCGUUGGUGAAAAAUAGAUCAAGUAUUGUGCCGAUGACAAUCAACGGACUGCUGCAAGCCGUGCGGUCGCAGCUGCAUUUCUCGCAGCUGUCCGCCUGGUGGAGCAGCUCUCGUGGACAGUCGCCUCAGAAUGUGUGCUACCGUUUGACCCUUCCAGAGCAGGCAUUUUCUUCCCAGUUCUCUCGUCAGCCUAUAGAACAUAGCUUCCCUCUUGCCAGCGUCAACAGGAAUUUGAAUAUCAAAGUGUCAGUCCAGACCCUGCCGAGAAGUGAGACGAUGUGCAUAGUUUCAUGUCCUGUGCACUGUGAAGCUCCCGUACGCAAGCGCUCAACCACAGAACAGCCGCUGCUGGGAGAUCCUCGGCAAGUUUCAUCAAAUGUAUCAAGGCGCUCCGGUACACAGAGAAUAUCCAGACCUGCAGAGGGAACCCAGUCAAGAACUACAGGGCUUCCGAUCCCACUUUUAUCGGGAUUAGUUGAUGACCGUAUGCAAACUGGUUGUGAAAAAACUGGAAAACACCACUGCAGCUAUGGAGAAGAAGAUCUGGAGUGUAGCACUGACAAUCUGCACUCCAAUAAUAACAACAUCAAUAAUAAUGAGGAGAAAGCUCCGCAGAGUACACCAACACCGAGUACCAAAAAAUUCCAUUUUGAGCUGAGCCAGAAAGAAGUUCAGGAGGUUCUUACCGUUUUAAGAACUCGCACGCCCAGUAACAUCAAUAAUUUGAGCUACAAUCCAGACUUUCGAGCAGAGCCAGCGGUCGCCAAAUACAAACAACAUCCAGUGCUUCCCAAAGAUGCAACAGCAAAAGCCGAUCUCCUUUUGUCAGCCAUCUUGAGAACUAGCAAAAAAUCAGAAACAAAUUCCAGUAGUUGUGAAAAAGAGCCCGACAAAAAACAACACGAUGCGUUCAAUGAUCUCAGUUGUGUCAACUCGAAAAAAAUCGAUCCUUCAGUGUUGAAGGACGAUUUCCGGACCUCGAAAUCCUUAGUUUUUAGUGAUAACAAAGUCGAUUGUAGAAGCUGCGCGAUAGAGGAGUCGAAAUCUGGUGUGAAAAGUGUCUCGUGUCCAGAUACCGGAGGAUAUCGAACUCGAAAGUGUUGGAAGAAAAAAUCGAUUCCCGAUGAGAAUCGAGUCAAGUGCAAGUCUAAAUCCUGCAGCGAGCAGGAAGAAGAAAUCGAAGAAUAUCUACAUGAUCUCAAUAUAAAGCAGAAGAAAAACCAGGAACAAUCAUCCAGAUAUAACGUGCCGACAGCUCUCGAUAAGGCAAAAUUUCGACAAUCUUUGGACUCGGCAGCAUCGAUGGUAUUUCAUAGUCGCACAGGGCUUCCACUCACUUCGAGUCCUGCACCCCUCCGCAGAGUCUCUCAGAGAUUUGACUUCGACAGCUCUAUCAACUGCGUAUCAGCCAUCAGCAGCGCUCUGUAUGAACCUUCAGACAGAUUGAGUGUUGGCAGCGAUGAUACCGAAGGAGAAAUAAAGUCUCCCUGCUCACCCAGUUGUCUCAGCCAUAAACAGUUUUAUUCCUCAUGGCCUCAUCAUUCACAAAUUCCGUCAUCGUUGCUCGGAAGUUUUGAAGAAUCGGUAUUAAACGGGCGUCUGGAGCCUGUGAGCACAGUCCAUGGAUUUACGGCAGAUCUCAGCGCCAGUGGAUCCUUUUGUCCUCCACAUCUUGUUCUUCCUGUUACCGUAUUCUUCUACACUCUGGGAGACAAUGACAAAGUUUCAACUCCAUAUUUGGGUCAUAUCAACCUGGGCAAAAAGGGAUACUCUGUGCCCAGGAGUGGAACGAUCCAAGUGACUCUGCUAAAUCCUCUGGGAACGGUGAUAAAAAUGUUUGUAGUAAUGUAUGAUCUCUCCGACAUGCCAAACAACUCUUGUACCUUCUUACGUCAACGCACGCUCUACAUGCCUGCGUCAGCUGAUGCUCAAUCUAUUGAGUGUGCACAGAAGUAUUUACGCUACCUCAUCCAUUUAAGAUUCUCAAGCUCAAAAUCAGGAAGGAUUUCACUACACUCCGAUAUUAGAAUGAUAAUAUUCAGAAAAUCUGAUAUGGAUACGGCGAACGGAUUUGAAAUGGCUUAUGAAUUAAGAUCAUUCACUCACGCUCCUCAAAAUCCUAAAUUUUCUUCCCGGAAGUGAAGAAAAAAUUUAACCAACUCAUAUCUAUGAGUGAAUCAGGAUUAAUUCCAAAAUUAUAACUCGUAAAUUUUAUUUUCGUAAGAUAGAUGUUGUGAUGGUUAUAGAUGGACCCAUUGUAAAUCAACCAAUGCUUCAUUCAUGUAAUACAUAUUGCUAUAUAAAGCUUCCUUAAGUUAGCUUUGUAUAAUCUGGUUCUAUUUAGUUUCUGAUGCAUUAUUGAAAAAAAGUUUGUUAAUAGGAUUUAAAGUUUUAUUUAAUUUGUGUCAAAUAUUUCUGUUGAAGUCAGAGUCAGUAUAAAGGUUGCCGUGUAUAGUAUUCAUACUAAAAUGUAAGGAUUCCUUUUAGCUAGUUUACCAGCAGGUGAUUUAUACUGCGCAUGCGCAGAUCUGAUUAUUGAAUUAAUAAUAAUAAUUUUUAUUAAAGGAGACAACAGGCUAAAACCCAUUUCGCCUCCUUCACACAAUACAAUAUUCUCUACACAUUGAACAAUUUGAAAUACAAGAAGAUAGAAAAAUAAAAGAAAUAAUAAUACAAUUAAUAUAAAAGAAUACAAAUAAUCACAGAAGUAAUCAUAGCCAAUAAUAAUUUAUUAUAAGAAUAAUCAUUGAACAUAAUAGAAUCAAUAAUAAUAGAUAAAAAUAAAAAAGAAAAAGGAAGAAAAAAUGAAGAGAGAAAGAACGUGUGUGUAAAACCAAAAAUGAAGGGAAAUGAUUGAUUAAAUAAUAAUAGAAAAUAAUAUAAAAUUAGAACACCAAUCACAAAAAGACGGAUCACAUGCUACCCAACCAAAUUAUAUGACAUCUUACGGAAUUAAUUGCAUUAUGAGAAUAUCAUCUCAGAUAAUAUUAAUAUAAUAUAAUUCUCACGAUGAUAUUUUCAUAAUACUGUUAAUUUUAUUAAUGAUCGAUGAAAUCAUCAUUUAUUUAAAAAUUUUUCUAUCCUAUUGUUGUAGUAGAUUAUAUUUUUUUGGGUAUAUAACUGCACGCACUUUUGGGAGAUCCAAUUUUGCGCGGAGCCAAUCUGCUGGUGAACUAGCAAUAGCAUUAAUUUCAUGUACCUUUGUUAAAAUUGAGUUAUCGUUGCCUUUUUUGGUUCUAAUUUAGCAACAAUGUGCUUAUUCUAUUUCACUCCGAAGUUAUUGGAAAAAUGGAGGAAUUGUGCUUGCAUAUUUUUCUGUAUUAGCUUUCAUAAGCCACUAUCGCAAAAUAGUUGAGGCAACUCGUUGAAAUUUGUUCAUAUCUCAGAUUAACAUUCUAGUUUCUCUACAUUCUACUCCAGUAUCAAUUGUUUAGUUGAGAAAAUUCCUUCAUCAUUUAGUUUUUCUGCUAUAUGUAGUAGUGUUCCUCGUAAAAUUAAGAAGUUAAGAAGUUGAAAACUUUUUUUGCGAUCAGAAUGAUCAAAACCUGUAAACUAGGUUUCUAUUCAAUGUAUUAAAAAUGUAUAGCUUAGGCCUAUAAUUGAUGUCGUUGUCAAAUGAAAAGUGUAUUAUUGAUGGUUAGCUGUUGUAAAAAACUAUAAAGUGUUACAAUCGUUCAAACAUAUUUAUCGCAGCGCGAAAAAUCCGCUUUUAAAUAAAUGUAAAGUUUACUUUUGAUAACACUGUGCUACUAACCUCUGUCAAUUUUAUCACGAAAUUAAUGAACCGAGUUUAUUUACAGUCCUAGAUGGAUAAUUUACGUUAGAAUGAUUUCUUUUAUUUUCUAUUCAUUACCUAGUGCCACGUUAAAAAAAAUAUGUAGACAGUGGUGCAGGUAAGAGACAGUGGUGGUGUCGGGCGUGACAUGCAAAGUACGGUGAUCUAAUAGGCAGUUGUUCCUGUAUUGUAGAACCUCCAAAUUAUCUUGAAAUUUCCUAAACCUAAUUGACAAAUUGACAAAUCUGUUGACAAAUUAACUUAUAUUUAUUUCUAGUGGAGUGAAGAAUUAUUGCUAACUGUUUCGCAAUCAAGAAUUUGUUCCCUGAUAAAUGUUCUGUGAUACAUCAUGACCGUUGAAAAUUCUAUUAAAUGUUGUAAACUGUGUAGAAUUGAAGAUACAUCACAUCGAUUCAGUGUAUUGUUAUAGUUCUAAUAUAGAAGAUAUCUUGUGUAAUUUAUUUUGAAAGUUCUCUGUAUUAUUAAUCACCUCCUUCUCUUGAAACUUUUCGUUUAUAUAAAUACUAAGUUUGUUAAAAUAUUCAUUAUUCUUGUGACUUCUUACUUUCUUAAUAUGUUCUAGAAAAGUUAUUCUAUUAGUCUCCACUCCGAUUCGCAAUGUAUUUGAAAAGCAGGAUAAAUUAUGGAUGUAAUAAGGUGGUGAGUUAAUCUAUUUUAAAAAUUAAAGGUGACUGUAGUUUUAUUUCUAUUGUACAUGGCAGAGUAGUCACCAUAGAUAAUUUACCAGCAAAUGACCUCUGGCUAUUCAAUAUAUUUAUCAAUUUAUUUAUGUAUUUAUUUAUUUAUUGCAAGAUCAAGGAAGACUACAGGCAUUACGCCCAAAUCAGUCUUCACUACUAUUCACAAUCAAUAUUGAAGAUUUAUUUAUUUAUUUGAUAUAAACAUAGAAAGGCACACAGACAAAAAGACUUAAGGCUAUGCAAAGGCUAAAAAUAAACUUUCUACUGGUGAUAUUUAUCAAAGUUUUUCGAUUUGUAUGUCAUCAAGCUAUCAAAAUGAAAAAGUUUUCUCGGGAAAAUAUAUUUUUUUCGAUCAUUACUUUUUGAGAUAUGAGCGCCCAAAGUUUAAAUUUUUGGGACAUAACAUUUCAAAUUCGAUAAGAGAUAAAUCCAUGAGAUUUGGAGGCUGAAUUCUUCAUAAUAUUGUUGAUGUAGUAAAAUAAAAAUUUUAUGAAAAUAUGGAUUUUUGAGAAAGUUAUUCAAUUUACCAAAAAUAACUCAACUGAAAGUUAUUUUUGGUCAUUUUUAGUAAAUUGAAUAACUUUCUCAAAAAUUAAUAUUUUCAUAAAAUUUUUGUUUUACUAGAUUAACAAUACCAUGAAGAAUCCAUCCUCUAGAUCUCAUGGUUUUAUCUCUUACCACAUUUGAAAUGUUCUGUCCCAAAAAUUUAAACUUUAGGCGCUCAUAUCUCAAAAAGUAAACUUUUCCUGAGAAAACUUUUUCAUUUUGAUAGCUUGAUGAUAUACAAAUCGAAAAACUUUGAUAAAUAUCACCAGUAGAAAGUUUAUUUUUAGCCUUUGCAUAGCCUUAAUGACAUAUCUGACGGCAUAACAGUACAAUAAAAAAGGAAUGACAAUUAAAAGAAAUGAUGGAUUUACAAUCGAGACAGGAUUACAAUCGGAUAUUAUAUAUUUGUAUAAUGAUUAUUCGAUCUUAUUAUAUUAGACUAUACUUUUAUGGAAAUAUGACUAACUGCACGAAUUGUUGACAACCCGAUUUUGCUCAGAGCUUAUUUGUUGGUAAACUAACUAUAGCUACGAUAGCAGAAUGUGAUUUUUCCUGAGCCUAAAGCUGGAUCCCCACUUAUCAGUACCAGUGGACAUGUCCCAAAAGUAUAAUCCCUGUGAGUUCUAAUGGGUCUUUUCACACUCAGCCCGGCUGAAUGAGCAUGAAAAGCCCCAUUUGAACUUGUGGCAAUAAUAUUUCAACUGUACCAUACACGUUUGCUGUUUACUGAUAUGUUAGAACCCACCUUCAUGCCUCCAUUCUGUAGUUAAACUCACUUGAUUGUUUUUAUUAUUAUCAUAAAAGUAUGUAAUAAACAAGCAAAAAUAACGAUAACGCUAGUUAAAGUUUAGUUUUGAUUUCAAAUUCUCUACUUUCAAAUUUGAUAACUUUUUCGUAGCGGAAAGUAAUCUACAGAAGGAGGUGAGGUACUCAUUAAUUUCGAAGAGUGCGGAGACAAAGUUUUAUAUCUUGAGUUAGUUUAAGUUUAGGUUCAGAUUGAAGAACAUUACUUUAUUUUAACUACCAGGCUUUCAAGUUUUAUUUAAAAUUGAUCAUCUAAAUAUUAUAUUGCAAUGAAUUUUGUUAGUGAUACUUUUGAGUUAGUGAAAUCUAAAACUUAAUUUUAGUUGCUUAUCAGAACUAUAUUUUUAUUUUAUUUUAAUGGAAAGAGAUAUCGUGUUUUAUUUGUUGGAUGUAAUUAAAGUUUGUUCCAAGUUGA